AUGUCCUCAGGAUAUGGUUGUCUAUCUGGUGUUCAAUUCAGGUUAGAGAGAGCUUCAAGUGGGGAGAGGCAGAAAUUUCACGAGGUCAAUCAGGAGUUAGAGAAAAUUAAAAAAGAAAUGCCUCAAAUUGAACAGGUUUGCUCGCUGCGGAAUAGACUCCACGAUGAGAAGGUAGCUAGAGUCCACUCUGAACAAGAGCUCGAGACUCUCAAAAUCGAAAUGCAGCGCAAGGACGAUCGGCUCAUGCAGACCCAAGCUCAGCUCCAUUGCCUCGAAGAGGAAUACAAAGAUCUGCAGCAGCAGACUAAAGAAAGUCGCAUUGCUCUGGAGGAGUGCAGUAAACAGUUGGUCGAUGAGAAGACCAAUAAGGCAACUGCUUGUCGAGAGGUUGAGAGGCUUGCUGGCAAGGUGAACUAUCUUGAAGACAAAAUACAGAAAGACGAAGAUGAUUAUCAUCGACAGCAUGCUAUAGCAGUGGACACACUUCAGAAAGAACUUGAUGGGAUAAAAGUAGGAGCGGACUGA